ACCCCUGCAACUGCGCAUGCUCACCUUGGCUGAGGACGCCGAGGCUGACGGGGACGCUCUGUCCGGGCUCGCACUAUGAUGCUGUUCCAAUCCAGUCUAGUGUGGUGUUAUGCUCCUGUUCAUCCCCAUCAAUGGUGAGGAACCAAGCAGAUACCAGCACUCCAUCUGUCAUUUCCACCUGUGGCAGCAGACAGGGAUCUAACAUGGAGGGCACUGCAGCUGAAUCAAGAUCUAGUUCAAACUCCUUGCAGCAACAUACAGGACAGCAGCCUUCACAGCCUCGAAAGAAACGACCUGAUGACUUCAAAUUUGGGAAAAUUCUGGGUGAAGGAUCUUUUUCAACGGUUGUCUUGGCUCGAGAAUUGGCAAGUUCUAGAGAAUAUGCCAUUAAAAUUCUAGAAAAACGUCAUAUCAUAAAAGAAAACAAGGUGCCAUAUGUGACACGAGAGAGAGAUGUAAUGUCCCGCCUGGAUCACCCUUUUUUUGUGAAACUCUACUUCACCUUUCAGGAUGAUGAAAAGCUAUAUUUUGGGCUUAGCUAUGCCAAAAAUGGAGAGCUGCUAAAGUAUAUACGCAAAAUUGGCUCAUUUGAUGAGACUUGUACCAGGUUUUACACCGCUGAAAUUGUAUCAGCCCUGGAAUAUUUGCAUGGGAAAGGAAUAAUUCACAGGGACCUUAAGCCAGAGAACAUCUUGCUAAAUGAAGAUAUGCACAUUCAAAUAACAGACUUUGGAACAGCAAAAGUAUUAUCUGCAGAUAGCAGACAAGCACGAGCAAACUCAUUUGUAGGGACGGCACAGUAUGUUUCUCCAGAACUGCUGACAGAGAAAUCUGCCUGUAAAAGCUCUGACCUCUGGGCUCUGGGAUGUAUAAUAUAUCAGCUUGUAGCUGGAUUGCCUCCAUUUAGAGCUGGAAAUGAAUAUCUUAUAUUCCAGAAGAUAAUAAAGUUGGAAUAUGACUUUCCAGAAAAAUUUUUUCCCAAGGCAAAAGACCUUGUUGAAAAGCUAUUGGUUCUAGAUGCGACCAACAGAUUAGGUUGUGAAGAAAUGGGAGGAUAUGGACCUCUUAAGGCUCACGCCUUCUUUGAAUCCAUUGUGUGGGAGAACCUACAUCUUCAGACACCCCCAAAACUUACAGCGUAUUUACCUGCUAUGUCAGAGGAUGAUGAAGACUGUUAUGGAAAUUAUGACAAUCUUCUGAGUCAGUUUGGUUGCAUGCAAGUUUCUGGUUCUGCCUCUUCCCAUUCACUGUCUGCUCCAGAGACAAGUACACCACAGACAUCAGGAGGAAAUAUUGAACAGUAUAUUCAUGAUCUUGACAACAAUUCCUUUGAGCUGGACUUACAGUUUUCUGAAGAUGAAAAGAGGUUACUUCUGGCAAAACAAGCUGGUGGAAAUCCCUGGCAUCAGUUCGUAGAAAAUAACUUAAUCCUAAAAAUGGGUCCAGUGGACAAAAGAAAGGGAUUGUUUGCACGUCGGCGCCAAUUGCUGCUCACAGAAGGGCCCCACCUGUAUUAUGUGGAUCCUGUCAACAAAGUUCUAAAAGGAGAAAUUCCAUGGUCUUUAGAGUUGCGGCCAGAAGCCAAGAAUUUUAAGACAUUUUUUGUUCACACACCAAACAGGACAUAUUACCUGAUGGACCCGAGUGGGAAUGCUCAUAAAUGGUGCAAAAAGAUACAUGAAGUUUGGCGGCACAGAUACCACCAGAAUGCUGCUAAAUAGUAAAGCUCAUCCAAAAUUUCCCAGUUUCCCUACUUGCUGCUAGAACUCCGUGUGCAGCCGAUCAGAGGAAUCUUUUCAACCCACCUGUUACCAUCUCAAGGGGAAGCAUAUGUCUGAAAUGUUCUGUUUUUUUUUUUUUUUAAAAAGGAAAAAAAAGAAAAGCAAAAACCUAAUGGAAUUCAGGGUCGCUUUGCUCGCUCUUUGUGCUUCUGUUGAGGCUUCCACAUGCAUAUCAUUGCAGUGAAGAUCUUGCUUUUGUGCACUUCAGCUCAAUUUCUGCUGCAGACUAGUGGAUAGACCUUGCAUUACCAGCUUCACUUAAGAUGAGUUAAAACCAAUCCACACGCACACAUGCCGAAUCAUGUACCAGCCUUGCAUUUUAUGGGGCUGGAGUUUUCUGUGACUUUCAGAUUAUCAUUAAACUGUAUUUCAUCAGGGAGCUUUUAUAUGCCUCUCCUAAGCACCACCUCUUUGUUUUCUCUUCCUUUCUUCACAGUCCCCCAGCUUAUUGGUAUAUGGCAUUUAUAGCCAGGUCAGUUGCACCGUUGUGUAAUUCCUAAUAUAGUUCUGGUUGCAGGAUUUACGUGGUACUUUAGUAAUUAUGUGAAUGAAUCAGAUGUAUGUGUCUGGCAGACAGGCUCCAAUGAUACAGGUUGUGAGAGAGUAGAAUGCUGAACAUGGCACUGAAAGUUUUCUAAAAUUGAAAUGUUGGCUUCUGAAGCAUAUAAGAUUUUAAACCUUCAAUUUAAAUUUUAAUAUGAAUCAUAUGUGUGUUUAAUCAAGGGACAAUAAACUUACCAGCAUGCUUGUAACUAAUGCUAACUAAAAAAUUAACUAGUUAGUAUGGGGG